AUGGUGGGAAGUGCUAUGGUUCAGCUACCAACCAGGAUGGAUCCAGGUGUGGCCUUGACUUGCCACAUUAUACUGGACAAGACACUUAACAGCAAUGUCUUGGGGAUUUAAUAUCCAGAAUGUGGAGUAUUUUGUGCUGAGCUGAGGAUUUUGAACUUCCUGCCUAUCAUAGUGGGAGUGAUCACUGGCCAGCUCUCUUCCAGCGGGGGCCAGCCAGUAUGCAUUUCUGCAUAGUCCCUCGGUGGCACAGGGAGAUGAAACCUGGGGCUGGGAAACUGAUCUGAAGCUUGCGUGUCCGGUGAUUCAUGAUGACGUGCAGAGACUCCUGUUCUGACUCUGGAGCCAGAGAACAAUCUCAAAGGAUGAGGGUGUCUUUCUCUGAGCUCCCAGACACAUUGAAUCCCAUAGUUCAGCACAUGGGAAUCGAGUCUGGGCUGUCACUCCUGCCUGAGCAACCAUGUUGUUGGCACAGAAAUUGGGACUUAUUAAAGAGCAUUAGCAUUUCCUUUUUCUAAAUUGAGUAAGUGUAGUAACUGUGUCUGAAAAUAAACGGCAGUCCAUGCAUAGAGGACGUUUAUAAAGUGCAUAUAUUUUAUUUUUCACUAUUGUAUAUUUUGGUAAUGACAAAAUUGAGGGAUAUGUCCACUUUUAACCACUGUCUGGUUUUGUUUACAGAUUCCCACUGGAAAUCCAUUAUAUGAAUCUUAUUACAAGCAGGUAGACCCAGCAUACACAGGGAGAGUUGGAGCCAGUGAAGCUGCACUUUUUCUGAAGAAGUCUGGACUCUCAGACAUUAUCCUUGGGAAGAUAUGGGACUUGGCCGACCCAGAAGGUAAAGGGUUCUUGGACAAACAGGGUUUCUAUGUUGCACUGAGACUAGUGGCCUGUGCACAGAGUGGCCAUGAAGUUACCUUGAGCAAUCUGAAUCUGAACAUGCCACCUCCUAAAUUCCAUGACACCAGCAGCCCUUUGAUGGUCACACCACCUUCUGCAGAGGCCCAUUGGGCUGUGAGGGUGGAAGAAAAGGCAAAAUUUGAUGGAAUUUUCGAAAGUCUAUUACCCAUAAAUGGCUUGCUCUCUGGAGACAAAGUCAAGCCAGUCCUCAUGAACUCAAAGCUGCCUCUUGAUGUCCUGGGCAGGGUCUGGGACCUCAGUGACAUUGACAAGGACGGACACCUGGACAGAGAUGAGUUUGCUGUGGCCAUGCACUUGGUGUACCGAGCCCUUGAGAAGGAGCCUGUGCCCUCCGUCCUGCCCCCAUCCCUCAUCCCACCCUCUAAGAGAAAGAAGACAGUAUUCCCAGGUGCUGUGCCCGUUUUGCCCGCUAGCCCCCCGCCCAAAGACAGCCUCCGCUCCACGCCUUCCCAUGGCAGUGUCAGCAGCCUAAACAGCACAGGAAGCUUGUCUCCCAAGCACAGUAUCAAGCAAACACAGCCAACAGUAAACUGGGUGGUGCCAGUGGCAGACAAGAUGCGCUUUGAUGAGAUAUUCCUGAAGACUGACCUGGACCUGGAUGGCUAUGUGAGUGGCCAGGAGGUGAAGGAGAUCUUCAUGCACUCUGGCCUCAACCAGAACCUUCUAGCACACAUAUGGGCCCUGGCCGAUACGAGGCAAACGGGGAAGUUAAGCAAAGACCAAUUCGCAUUAGCUAUGUAUUUCAUUCAGCAGAAGGUCAGUAAAGGCAUCGACCCCCCUCAGGUCCUCUCGCCGGACAUGGUCCCACCCUCAGAGAGAGGCACCCCUAUCCCGGACAACUCAAGUUCUCUUGGAUCAGGGGAAUUCACGGGUGUGAAGGAACUCGAUGAUAUCAGUCAAGAGAUCGCUCAGCUACAAAGGGAGAAAUAUUCACUGGAACAAGACAUUAGAGAAAAGGAAGAGGCCAUCAGACAGAAAACGAACGAGGUGCAGGAAUUACAGAAUGACUUAGACCGGGAAACAAGCAGUUUACAAGAGCUGGAAGCUCAGAAACAGGAUGCCCAGGACCGCCUGGAUGAAAUGGACCAGCAGAAGGCCAAGCUCCGAGACAUGCUGAGUGAUGUUAGGCAGAAGUGCCAGGACGAGACUCAGAUGAUUUCCUCAUUGAAGACCCAGAUCCAGUCACAGGAAUCUGACCUGAAGUCCCAGGAGGAUGACCUGAACCGGGCCAAAUCGGAACUGAACCGGCUGCAGCAGGAAGAGACCCAGCUGGAGCAGAGCAUUCAGGCUGGAAAGGUUCAACUGGAAACCAUCAUCAAGUCCCUGAAGUCCACUCAAGAUGAAAUCAACCAGGCAAGAAGCAAACUUGCCCAGCUGCACGAAAGCCAGCAGGAAGCCCACAGGAGCCUGGAGCAGUACGACGAAGCGCUUGAUGGGGCCCACGGCGCCAGCCUGACCAACUUAGCUGACCUGAGUGAGGGUGUCUCCCUCACAGAGAGGGGCGGUUUUGGAACCAUGGAUGAUCCUUUCAAAAAUAAAGCCUUGUUAUUUAGCAACAAUGCCCAGGAAUUACAUCCGGAUCCUUUCCAGGCAGAAGAUCCCUUCAAAUCUGACCCGUUUAAAGGAGCUGAUCCCUUCAAAGGUGACCCGUUCCAGAAUGACCCCUUUGCAGAACAGCAGACAGCUUCCACAGAUCCAUUUGGAGGAGAUCCUUUCAAAGAAAGUGACCCAUUCCGUGGCUCUGCCCCUGAUGACUUCUUUAAGAAACAGACAAAGAAUGACCCGUUUACCUCAGACCCAUUCACGAAAAACCCGUCCUUACCUUCAAAGCUCGACCCCUUUGAAUCCAGUGAUCCUUUUUCAUCCUCCAGUGUCUCCUCAAAAGGAUCAGGUCACUUUGGAACUUUAGACCCCUUUGGAAGUGGGUCCUUCAAUAGUGCUGAGGGCUUUGCGGACUUCAGUCAGAUGUCCAAGGUAAAGCCCCUCCCAUGGAACACCUCUGCCAGGCCCCCACCUUCUGGUCCUUUCACCUCCUCCUUUGGAGGGGCAGGAUUCUCCGAUGACCCCUUUAAAAGUAAACAGGACACUCCCGCUCUGCCUCCGAAGAAACCUGCUCCUCCACGGCCUAAACCGCCCAGUGGUAAAAGUACACCUGUAAGCCAGCUGGGUUCUGCAGACUUUCCUGACUCCCCCGAUCCAUUCCAGCCACUCGGGGCUGACAGCAGUGACCCGUUCCAAAAUAAAAGGGGGUUUGGGGACCCGUUUAGUGGAAAAGAUCCAUUUGCUCCCUCCUCUUCAGCUAAGCCUUCUAAAGCCUCUUCCCUGGGCUUUGCAGACUUCACCUCUUUUGGCAAUGAGGAGCAGCAGCUGGCAUGGGCCAAGCGAGAAAGUGAGAAGGCGGAGCAGGAGAGGCUGGCAAGGCUGCGGCGGCAGGAGCAGGAGGACCUGGAGCUGGCCAUCGCGCUUAGCAAGGCUGACAUGCCCGCCGCCUAGGCGAGGGUGACCAAGCACGUUCGCAGGGGCAGGAGUGCCAUGGGGGCGGGUCUUCAAAAGGAAAAAAACCCGAAGUCUGUAUAUACACACACACUCUCAGCAGUCCCCGUUUCAUGUUGUGACGUGUCACAGCCACUGUAGGUCAAGGACUUGCUGGUCAGAAGGCCUCAGGCUCUGGGUGCCUCGUCCCAGGUGAGGAAAUGUGGCUCACCCUGCAGAAAGGCCUGGAAAGGCACAGGCUACCGUCACCACCUCUCCACUGUGACAUCCCUGUCUAGUGACAGUGCUCUGCCUGGAACGAGCAGAGGGAGUGUGCAGCGUCUCCAGGCCUUCCAUACUCUGCUCAUAGCUGCUUUGAGUACCAGCGCCAGGGCACAUCCACCCUGUCGCCUCUGAGACCUAAGACAGACACCUGGCAAUGUAUGCAUUCGUUGUAUAAAAAUUAAGUUUGAAUGAUUAAUAUAAAAUAUUUUAAUACAAAACACAA